AUGUGCUUCAAUAAUAACCGCGAUUUAAGAUAAAGACCGUGAUAAUAACAUUCGUCUUAUCUCGUAUUAUUAUUUUGUUGAUAUCAAAAGUAAAUUUGAAAUUUUUCCGGAUACUCGAAUACUUAUAGUUUGGUAUUCAACUUAUUUCGUUUUCUCUGGUAAUAUUUCAACUUUAUCGUGGAUACCUAAUUAUAUGUCGAGAUGUUCAAUAAUGCCUUGUCCAUUGGCGGCCGGUGCCAACGAUUUUACGGCUGUCUGCAAAUAACCAGCCGUAAUAACGCAAGCCCAAAUUUGCCAAGUUCGUUGAUAUCGCCCUGUAUCCUUGACAAGAAAUUUGCAGUGCAAUGCAGACACUUGUCAGCCGACAGCGGCGGUCCAGAUGGCAAAGAUCGGAUUGCCGACGUAAAGAAAUUGCUAGAUGAUGCAACGGUUCCGGAAGAGUCGACUGUCGAAGGGGACACCGAAAAUUGGACGACUUCACCAUACCCGAAAGGUUUGAAUAACCACAAAGGUGUCCACUUAUUGGACACCUUUUUUUAUAUAUAUGUGUUUUAAACAAAUAUUUUUUUUUUACAGGUUCCUAUGUACCGCACAAAAACCAAUCUCAGGCACAACAUUCACUCCGACCAAAGGUGGACCCCAAAGAAACGUCAAUACUUUUAUUUCCUGGCCAGGGUACCCAGUUCGUGGGUAUGGGCAAAAAUUUGUUGAUAUUCCCUCAAGUCGUUGACAUGUUUCAAGCAGCCAGUGAAGUGCUAAAAUAUGAUCUCCAAAAACUGUGUUUGGAGGGGCCAAAAACAAAACUCGACCAAACUAUGUACACUCAACCAGCAAUUUUUGUGUGUUCUAUGGGAGCCGUUGAAAAAUUGAAAGAAGAGCAACCUAGUGCGAUUGAAAAUUGUAUGGCUGUUGCUGGUUACAGUAUCGGAGAAUUGGCGGCCCUCACAUUUGCAGGAUGCUUUUCAUUUGAACAGGGUAAUUUUCAUCUAUUAAUCUAUUAUUUAACAUAUAAAAUAAACUAACAUUAAUUAUUAGAUAUUUGAUAUUUGUUAGCCGUUAAAUUAGUAAAAGUGCGGGCUGAAGCAAUGCAUUAUGCAUCAGAAAUUGAACCUGGUGGAAUGGCAAAUGUUUACAUAAGACCAGAUUCCAAACUGAAUUAUGCUUUGAAAAUGGCCAGAGAAUGGUGUCGUGAUAAAGGAAUCGAAAAACCUGUUUGUGCAAUAUCAAAUUAUUUAAAUCCUAAUUGUAAAGUAGUUGCUGGACAUUUAGAAGUGAGUAGUAUAAUUCUACAACAAUUUUAUUAUAAUAUGAAGUGCUUAUGAUGUAUUAUAGUAUUUUAUUUUUUUUAGGCAUUAAAGUUUUUGGAAUUAAAUUUAAAUCAAUUCAACCUACAGAAAAUGAAAAGGUUAAAUGUUUCUGGAGCAUUUCAUACAGAUCUUAUGCUUCCUGCUGUGGAACCAUUUAGAGAGGCACUCCGCCGUACAGACAUCAAAGAACCUUUAAUAGCCGUUCAUUCGAAUAUUGAUGGAAAACGUUACCAUAACAGCUCUCUGAUUUUUAGACAGUUGCCCAAACAAAUAUGCAAACCUGUAAAAUGGGAACAGACGAUGCACAUACUAUACGAACGGCCGAUAGGGUCAAAUUUUCCAGAUACGUUUGAGUGUGGACCUGGCUCAACCCUUAGAACCUUGUUAAAAACUGUUAAUUCCAAAGCUAAUUCUACAUGUCGGAAUGUCGAAGUUUAAUGUUUUAAAGUAGUAAUUUUUAUAAUAAAUGUAUUAUUUAUGUAUGAUAAUCCAUACUAAUUUGG